UUUGAACCUAUAAAAUUAAUCGAUUUAAGUUGAGUUAGGUCUUAUAUGAUUUAAUUUAAAAUUCAAAAACUCGAAUUAGAUAAAAAAUUAAAUCAGAAAAUUUUAAAAUUGAAUCAAAUUUAAAAAUAUUAUUAAAAAAUUCUCUGUAAUUUUAAUAUCUUUUUAUAUUUUUAAAAAAUAUCCGGUAAGAUAUAUUAGUAUCUUACCAAACUCUGUAUUGAAAAGGACCACCAAGGCCCAUUUAUUUAACAAAAAAUUAUUACUACAUAUCAGCGAGCAAAAUAGGGUUUAAAGCUUGCUCAUUUCAGCAAGAGGCUCUCUCUCUUUUGUAUCUUUUGCCUCCUGCUGUUUCAGGUCCUUGUAGAGAACACAAACAGCUGUAAAUCAUGGCUGAGCAGACUGAAAAGGCAUUUUUGAAACAACCCAAAGUGUUUCUCAGUUCAAAGAAAUCUGGGAAAGGAAAGAGGCCUGGAAAAGGUGGAAACAGAUUCUGGAAGAGUAUUGGAUUGAGUUUCAAGACUCCCAGAGAAGCCACUGAAGGAACUUAUAUUGAUAAAAAAUGCCCCUUCACCGGCACUGUUUCUAUUCGAGGUCGUAUCUUAGCUGGAACUUGUCAUAGUGCCAAGAUGGUGAGGACAAUUAUUGUUCGGCGGAACUAUCUUCACUGGGUCAAGAAAUACCAAAGAUAUGAGAAGAGGCAUUCAAAUAUUCCAGCACACGUAUCCCCAUGCUUCCGUGUGAGGGAAGGCGAUCAUGUCAUCAUCGGACAAUGCAGGCCACUGUCCAAGACUGUUAGAUUUAAUGUAUUGAAAGUGAUUCCAGCUGGUUCUGCUGCUGGUGGGAAGAAGGCCUUCACAGGAAUGUGAGGUUGAACUUCCAUUUUUUUUGUUCAUGCUGGUGUUACAGCCAUAUUGGUUUAGGGUUAUAUCUUAUGUAAGAGGCAACUCCUGGAGUUUUGAACAGCAUAGUUUGACAGCAAAUGGACAAUGAGAUUCUUUUUUUUCCCCUCA